AUGCGAAACAUCGGACGGCAUUUGUUCGAAAUUCCUGGCACCACUGAGUCGGUUCCCUUUCUGGUGAGGAUCACCCCUCCGGCCUGUCACCGGCUCCUCCUGCUUUGGGCACAGCUGACCUGCGGAGGUCCUGGUGGCUCGGCCGGCCGCCUGGGUCAGGGCGUUCAGGGCUUCAUGCACGGUUCAGGCUGGCACUUGAUGGAAGCCGGUGCGCCAUUGGCGCUGCCUUUGCCGGCCCAGCCCACACCGAAGGCCUACGAGUUCAGGAAGGAGGCCGAGAUCAUAGCACCUCGACCUCCUGAGGAGCCAGUGGAGGCCGUGAGGCAACCUGGAGGCUACGACCUCCACUUCCGCCUGGACCUUUCGCUCAACGAGUCGGUUCGACGCGCUUGCGGCCGGCGGAUCGAUCCGACCACGAACUUAGAGUAUCACAUCGAGGACCAGCCUCCGCCGAACAAGAAGUCGGUGAUUUAUGAGAGGCUCGAGCCUGCUGACAGCCUGGAGAAGUCCAUGGGUACGCUGACGCAGCGCAUUCACUUAUUCGACGUCUCGCAGGAAGAGGUGGACGAGAUCUUGGGCCAUUUCGGCCCAUAUCCUGAUUUGCCUCGCUUGGUCGAGAUCGAUGCCAGCGGUAGUAGCGACUCGACCUACGAAGCGGUCGAGGAGCAGGUGGCCCUUCUCCUCGAGCAGAAGAAGGCCGAGCUGGCACGGAGAAAAGCGGAGGCGGAGGAGGCCGAGGCCCAGAAGGCCGCCGAGGAGGCCAAGGAAGCGGCUCCAGACGAGCCCGCCGAUGGAGCCGAGCCGACGGCGGACGCCCCGGCUGACCCUGCCCCGGCCGACGAUGCACCGGAGUCCACGGAUCCUCCACCAGAGCCGCCCUUCGAGCCGGUGCAGAUCCGGGAUUUGCCUUCGCAUGUGGAGAAGAUCGAAGAUCAAGUCUUCAAUCUCUUGGUGCAGGAAUGGACUGAGCUCCAAGACGAGUUCGUGGCUGCGUUGCACCAGCUCUUCAAUUGGCACCGAUGCCACCUCUCCGAUUUCCGCAGCGGCCUCUACGGCAUGAAGCAGCGCUUCGCGGAGUACUUGCAGCGUGUGGACGGAAAGCAGUCGCUUGUGGACGAUUUCGUCCUGAGCUUCAACCUCUUCACAGAGGAGUAUCCAGACAUGCGCAAGCAGGAUGCCACGAAGGCAGAGUUCCAUUUGCGAGCGGACGAGCUGCACACUAGGCUGGUGGCAGAGGUGGAAAACCAGCGAACAGCAAAUCUAGAGCAGCUGGAGGUGCUGCAGACGAGUCGAUGGCUGGAGUCGCAGACGGAAGUCCUGGCCUCCCAGGUCCAGCAUGCCGUCCAGCUGGAGGUCAAGCGAUACCACGCCACCUGCCAACUUCUGAGCGACUUCUACUAUUCCGCGAUGCACAUGGGUCUGCCGGAGGAACACGCACCGCCACCAACGGUGGAUGUCUUCAAGGCAGAGGAACCAGAAGAGCCUGUCGAUGACAAGAAGAAGAAGGACAAGGACAAGAAGAAAGCAAAGGACGAGCCGCAGGAGCCUGUCGUCAGCCCUGAGGAAAAGGCUGCAGCGAGACUCUGCCGAUGGGUCGAGCCGGUCGAGGAGGGGUCUACUGGCAAUUGGGAGUUCCCCUUCCUCUCCGACCUGAUGGACCAGGCGCAGAAAGCCGUGUGGAAGUUGGACGAUUUCCGUCCGCCCGCACUCGAGGCGAGUGUACCGGAAGAGGAGGAGAAGGAGGAUCCGAAGGCAAAAGCCAAGGCGAAGGGGAAAGCGAAAGCGAAGGCGAAGGCUGCAAAGGAGGAGGAGGCUCCGCCGCCACCACCGCAACCGGCACCUCCACUUUUCGUGGACCUGCAGCAGGCCCUGCUUGCCGAGCGUGUGACCUUCUGCCACAGGUUAACCACCAUCCGUGGCUGGGCUUUGCGGCGACUACAUCAGGCAGCGAGUUCAACAAAAGCGACCCUCGGACACCUCAACGAUUGGGUUGUGCUCCGAAGGCACAAAGAUCUCGAGGCCGUGUCGUGCCUCAUCGAUGUUGUCAAGGAGCACGUCGAAAGCGAGGAUUUCAUCAAGACGAAGCUGAGCCUGGAGAACGCCCAUCUUCAUCGGAGGCCCAACUCGCUCCUUCGAGCGCCAAAGCCGCCUGUGGUGCCGCCCCCCGUCGAGGGCCUGUCUCCUUUCCGCUGGACCAUUGAGCAGUUGCUUGGACUGAUGGAGGCGGUCAGCCAUGCCUGCAGUGGCAUCUCUUCAACUUGCAGGAUGUUGCCAAAUUACAACCUGCUGGGCAUCCUCCUGCAGCUCACUUCGGCUGAUGGAAGCGACAAGCGCACGGUGAAAGUCCCAAGCAACUGGAGAAGCUGCGGAGCCGCAAAGCUGAAAGCGUUGUUAGGAACCUUCGACCAUCCAUACUCCUCGAACUGUGUCGAUGUCGUUGACUUCUUGCUCCACAUGUGCUUGCUGCACAGCCCCCUGGGGUGGCCCUCGCUGAACACUCUCCUGGAGGUCAGGAAGGUGCUGGAAGCACAGAAGCCGCAGAAUGCGUCCUGGCCGGACUUCUACGUGCCUACCUCCGCCAUUGAGACGCUGCCGCUUUUCGAAGAUCCUACCGGUGCCGAGGAUUCCUUUGCCCGCAAGUUCAAGCCGAUCACUUCCGAAGCUCCUGGAAGGUUCGAUCGGUCCAAGGCGCAGCUGAGAUUCGUGGGGCAGGUUCUCCAGCGUUUCCGUGCCCCAUCGUGGGAGCGGGAGGCCUGGGCGCUGGAAGCGUCCUGGUACGAUUACAGGGUGCGCAAAGUUGAGGAAACGGAAAGGCUAGUUGAGAUGCUGGAUGACGUGCGAACGACGCCAUCGGACACACCGCGGCAGCAAGUUGACGCGAUGCCUGCACUGCUUGGGCACGAGGACACGUCCGCGGCAGAUCCGGACGAUGCGGUUUCCACAGGCGGCCAGAGCACCUGGUCCUCCGGAAGACCCGAGAAGCCGCGCCCGGAAGAGCCUGUGAACGCCCCGGAGCCGCCGAGCGACCACGUCUCGGUCAGGCAGCUCAUGGCUUACUUCUGCCAGGGCCCGACCACCGAAGAGGGAAUCGCACGAGCUUUCGCGGUGCUGGCACCAAGCGGUGCAGCUGCGACCGCCAUCCCGGUGGAAGCUGCGCACGCGGCGAUCCUCUCGAUUGGAGCGCGGCAGCUGCCAACGGUGUGCCAGGGCGACUCACGACCUGCCUUCCCAGCGCUGCAGAAGAUGUGUGAGGAGCUGGACAACAAGUGUGGAGGCUCAGCCCGGGCGACGGGCUUGGUGGGGAAAGCUGAAGCGCUGGAGCUGGUGAAGAUCCUCAGCCUUGGCCGGAGGCAUCGGCGCGCGGAGGCGGAGAUCCGGUAG